ACUCUGCGUCGAUUUCUGCGCCGUUGCGCGUGCUCGGACUCUGCGCGCGCGGGCCCUUUGGAGCGCAUCCCAGCUCCGUGGUAACGUCCCGACGUCGUCCGAUGCCCGUGUGCCCCUAAAGUGGACUAAGCUGCGCCGCCGGUUGCCCCUGCCCUGCGUCGUGUGUGCGCGCGCCAGCCCAAGGCCGAGCGGCGGCGAUGUCGUACGGCCAGUUCGGUUACUCGUCGUCUUCGCAGCUGAUGGGCGGCGGCGGCUCGGGCCACUCUCCGUCUCCUGCAACGGCGGCGUGCUGUGAACCGGCGCGCCCGCUGGUCGGCGAGUCUCCCGGCGCCGCUCCGGUCACGGCGGCCUCCGGGCCCGUGUGCUCUCUGCCGGCGGCCGGCUCGUACGACUCGCGCCUGUUGUCCAGCUACCCUCAGCUUGCCACGCCGCGCUUCUACAACGCCGGCUACGGAGACCAGGCGGCUGCAGCAGCUGACUACGCGAACCUCGCCGUCGACUCGUCCGCUUUCUACCCGACAUUGAAUCCGGCGUACACAAUGAAAGAAGCCGCUGAUCCGUGGAGGGGCAUCACGCAACCAGCCUCGUAUUACUACGACCCGGCUCUGGCUGCGUACGGCUACGGGGGCCUUGAUUUCAACGGCGCACGGAGAAAAAACGUGACUAGAGACUCGACAUCCACGCUGAAGGCUUGGCUCAACGAACACCGAAAGAAUCCUUACCCCACAAAAGGGGAAAAAAUAAUGCUCGCCAUCAUUACGAAGAUGACUCUAACUCAGGUGUCGACCUGGUUCGCAAACGCGCGACGCCGACUCAAGAAAGAGAACAAGAUGACCUGGGAGCCGCGCAACAAAGCGGACGCCGACGACUCGGGCGCCGAGGACAAGAAGGAUGACGAGGACACCAUGGACGAGCGCACGUCCAGCGUCCAAGACCCCAUGCGUCGCAGCGAUUCGACCAGGUCCUACUGCAGUUUGUCCGCACUGCAGCGUUCACGGGAAAACACGUUACGACCACCCCAGACAUCGGCAGAGGUGGACCACGAGGCGGCCGAGAUGCAGUCUUCUCACACACACCGGGCCAACACCGGCUCAGACCUCCACCAGCAGCGGCACAACUACGGCCACUCGGCGAACCCGUACGCCCUCGGGGGCGCGUCUCGGUCUCCAAUCCUCAACGGCAUCAUGUCGCUGGCGCCGCCGAACUCGCUCACCGGGUACACACCGGCGGCAUCCUCGGACAGUCCGUCGCCGGACCUCCAAGGCCUCGAAUCUCUCAUGUCCAAGUCGUCGCCAAACGCAGCGGACGACUCGUCGGGCGCCGACAGCGCGCACAACAAGCCCAAGAUCUGGUCGCUGGCUGACACCGCAACAAGCAAGAGUCCUCCUCCGCCGCUGCCGUGCUCGGGCCAACCGCAGGGACCCCCAGCCAGCGGUGGGCAGCCCAAGGAUACCGCCGGAGGCACUGCUAGCCACGGCUCGGUACUGGGCUGGUUUUCCGGUGGAUACCACCAUCGGGCCGGCGGUGGAAACACGCCCUCUUCAGCGGCGGCGGCGGCUGCGGCGGCCCAUUUUGCCAGUUACGGCAGCAAUGGCUUCAGUCCCGGAGGAGCCGCGCCACAGACGGACACGCCACCGCAGACGCCUCCCAACGCCAAGAUGGGCACCACUGGAUCCUCCUCGCUUCCUUUCCACCUGGGCUCCGGUGGAUACUUCCAGGGCCAGAGCUCCGCCUCGCACCUCUACCUGGGCCAGGCGUCGGCCUCCGCGCCGCAUUCGCACAUGGGAGUUGACAAGUCGUCGUGCGCCGGAGGCCCCAUCUACCGGGCCGCUGGGGGCUACGCGUCAUCGGCACCCGCCGCCAUCAUGGCCGCCGCUGCCGGAAGUCCCUGCGCCGACGGAGCCUCUUCCUCUUCCCGCUCGUCGUCCUCGGAGGACGAGUUCGCGCCGCCGCAGCACUACGGCCCUGCAGCCGCGGUACCCGGCGCCAUGACCGACGGCCUGCCCUGAGCUGUGAUCGCGCUGCCAUGUGUGAAAGUGGACUCCGGGGGCUUCGGCCCGAAGAUGUCGCCCCUUCCCUUCCCUCCGCACCCAGGAGGGACCUUGGCAUCGAGGACGAGUGCCGACCCACUGUCGUACACAUGUACAUCGCCAUUCGGACCAGAGUGUUACUUUUGGUGCGGUGUAGAUGGCGGCACUGCAUCAGAAUGCCGUCGGAACUGCUUUUGCCGGUGACAUCUCGCUUUAUUUUUCGCGGUUUGCGCGGUGGUAUGAAUUCUCAGUUAUCCCCCCCUCCCAUUUCCCCCAUUCCUGCCAUACUGAGACAGCAUUUACACAAAUCGUUCAGCGCCUCCUAGCUAUGGACUGAUGACUCAGGGUGGCCCGAAGGAAACAGAUCGCGGUUGCAGGCAGGAAAGUGACCUUUGUGGUAACUUCACCAAGGUCCUUCCUGCACUCUCUCAUAUUCCUCCUGGUCGAGAAUGAAAAGCAAUAUCGAUGGGGGAGUCUUGAGCUUAUAUGAAAAUCUGUGCGUGAAUGCGUGAUAUUCAAGAAGGAAAUAUAUGCUGCCGUCGCUUAUUUAAGCCGGCGGCUAAAGGUGGAGUACAGUAGCGUUCGGUGUACUUGUAGCGCUUAUUUAAGAUAUUGUGAUUGCAUUGCUUUAACAGUGUGACGUAGAGUGCGCACUAGCACGUGUUCACCGAAGGCAACGCCUGGGUGACGUGGUAUAUACCUAAUAUUUCGCAUGUAUAAUUUCAACUUCUGUUAUGGAACAAAAUUCUUCAGGAAUGAGGAAGCUGCCGAGUCUUCUUUUUUUUUUUUUUACCAUUAAAAAAAAUUCUUAAAAACCGCGCCGCUGAUUUAAGUGCUACGUGAGCUUCAUAACGGCACAGUCACACUUCUUCUUCUUUUUUUAUUUUCAGAAAGGUGCAACAACUUGUUUUUACUGCACGUAAAAUGAAACAUGGACUUCCCUUUCUUGUUUAAUUUCGAUACAAGUGCUCCAAGAGCUGCGUCAAUUAAUUCAUUUUGUGUCAGAUAGUAAAAAUUUAAUCGAGCAGUGGAUACAUGACAUGAUGAGUGGCCCACAGCGAGAAAAAUAAUAAUUAACGAGGGCUGUGCGUUGCGUUAAAUGUGCUUGGCUUUUACUUUGCGACUAUAGUGCAGCGUUAGGAGCACAUGUUAAUUGUAUUAAAAAAAAAAGAAAUCCACGUAAAUGCUAGAUGUUAAAUGGCUCGCUUCUCAUUUUGAUAGGACAAAUUUUAUUUAUUGUUCAUUAUGGAGUAAAAAAAGAAAAGAAAGAGGGCCGCACUACAUAGCGCAUUGCUACACACCGUGUGAGGAUUGACGUGUUGAAGGGAGUCAAGAUGGCUUGUAAGGGUUGGAGAAUAAACGUUUAAGAGAAGACGAAGAAAAAAAAAUGCCCCAUAAAAUAAACUGUUAAGGUACAUAGCUUACGUGUAUUUAUUAUUUUUUAAAGGGAAACAUAGGUAUACAUCACUAUUAGUAUUGACAUAAUUCAAGUAUUCAUCUCUUAAUGUUUUUUUAACGAUGGAAAGCUAAGAGUACCUUUUUUUUAGUUAACAGCAGAAUCACUUCCGUUAGUAAACAGAGAAAAAAAAGUACAGAAACGUAGCAGAUGCCCAGUGUAUGUAAGCUAUGGAGGGUGAGACAAAUACUGUAGUCGCCGUAGCGCGUCCAGUAGCGCCCGUGUAGUAGUUCUUGGCGACGUCUCCAACAGUUGCAGUUCUCGAACUAAUUGAAUUCAUUUCCUGCGUAUUUGGCGAGCUCUACUGUACUUGUGGAAUCUCAGCACGAUGAUGUGGUCAGCUAAUUCGGGGUGGACUUGUGUUUCUGUGCUGGUGAAUCUCCUCGAGACGCACACGCAACACAAGCACCACACGUACACAAGCGGUUUGGCAUCUCUUACUUUGCCUGUCUCCCCAUGUUUUUGUGCUUGAUGAAACGAAGAAAAAAUGGAACAACUGAGCAUGUGCUGAGCAAACGGCUUUCUUUUAUUUGUGUGUGUGAAUUGCUUCGUUUAUAAGCGAUACCUAAACUUGUUGAGGUGCCAAAUGUCUCCUUGUGAAAAGGCAUCUUUCUGAAAUAGCUUGUGCUCGCAGUUAACAUGAUUGAGAAAAAGACGCGGACAAAGGAAUACCGUACCAAGUUCUAUUAAACAGACAUCCUUGGAGCUUCUUAAGUGGUGGUCGCAGCAGGCUGUACAAGCUGAUUGCCCAUAGAGACCUUACUGGGCAAUACUAAUUACUACGCAGAAGCAGAUGCAUACGUUUGCGUUACGUGUGUAAAACGUUCGUCUCGUUUGUUUGCAGACACUGCAAAAUCUAUAAAAUGGUUGUCGUGAAACAAAGAAAAGCGAUCUUAGUGGAGCUCCCGCUAU